AUGGCAGAAACGACUGGAUUGGGGGGUUGGUUCAAGUCAACCGCUGCCUCCCUAGAGGGCCAUGUGAAGGAAAUCCGCGAAAAUUCCAAGCUCAUUGCUGCUGACGUGGCAUCCAAUGUCAAGGACUUGGAAAAGGCUGGGCGAAAGAUUCAGCAGAGCUUCAGCCUCGGAGGCAAUGGUGUCCUUGCUCCCGGCCUUGAGGAGGUCCGCGUGGACGUCACAUUUCAACAGGGGAGUCUGGGAUUGAACUUGGAUCUGGAGAGCGGACAGGUUCUCAAAAUCACGCCUGGUGGACAAGCAGAAGCCUUGGGUCUUCGCAUUGAGGACCGAGUGGUGGCUGUGCAGGGCGAGGCUUUGGAAGGAAAAGGUGCCUUCCAGGAGGCACUAAAGCAGAAACUAGCAAAGUUGCCACGCCCAGUGCAGAUGACUUUCCUUCGUAUCCAGCAGGUUGACCGCGCAAAGGAUUCGACCAGACGGGAACCCAAAGAGAAGGUAGAUCAGGAGUUGGAUGCGCGGCUGCAGGACAUGCAGGCCAAAUUGGAUGCAGCACUGAAGGACACAGAGGCAGCCCGAGAAGAGGGCCAGUCCCUGGCGGCGGAGCUGAAGCUUCGGAAGAGUUGGAUGGCGCAGGAAGCCGAAGAACUCGAACACCUUCGCGCAGAAGCGGAAGAACUGCGACUGGCGCUGGAGGCUGCAAAUUCAGAUAAAGAAGUGCAAAGGCUCCAAACCAAGUGCAGAACCCUAGAGGUUGCAGAGGCGGGAUCACCACAGGCUGUGGUUCUUGGGAAGGAGAGCUACAAUAGCAGCUACAAUGUGCUGAGCAGCGCUGAUUUCACCGGAAGGAUCCAGAAGUUGCAGGCAAAAGUGGGAGAGCUUGAAGCUUCUCGUGUGCAAAGCGCCGUCUCGUUUGGCUGUCUGGACUGGAAACCACACGAAUAG